GACCUUGAAAAGUGCACUGCCUGCGACUAUGGUGGAAAUGACAUUCCCCACUUCGCUCUGAUUGGUCGCAAAGUUGACUGCCGAUAUUACGAACCGGAGUUGAGUUUGUUUCCAGUCGUUGAUGCACUAGCAUUGUAAGAUGGGUUCUCUCCUCGAAGCAAUAGACAACCAUGUCAUCGUUUUCAUGUCACUUCCCGCUAUAGUUCUGUUUUUGAUUGCCGUUGGAUGCGUUUGGGGAUAUUUUCGACCAUCCUCACGUCCUAGACAAAGUACACAGUCUUCGACGAGAAUUAGAAGUGUGAGUAAUUCGGAUUAUGAUUGCCCGAUAUGUAUGGAAUUCCCUUCACUCAUGAUUGAGACGAACUGUGGUCAUCGAUUUUGUGCUGAGUGUUUUAUUCUUCAUUGGAAGCGGACAAUAUAUUCACGUGUCAUAUCCUGUCCUAUGUGUCGUGGACGAGUUUCAACGUUGACUAAAUUAUUCACCGCAGAAGAGUUGCAACGUGAGAACACUAGACGAUCAAAAAUUGAAGCAGAUUUACGAUUAUUCAAUCGUUGGCAUUCAGGCGAACCGAUUUCAAUAAUUGAUCGUAUUAAAGACAUUCCGUUAUUUGUUUAUGGAUUUAUACAAUUAUUACUUAGUGGUGAAGGCACAUUCGCUUUGAUGCAAAUCCGUUUAACUUUGUUGGGUUUAUGCGUUUUGUUUUAUUUGAUUACACCUUUCGAUUUUAUUCCGGAUGUAGUUGCCGGUUUCAUAGGAAUUUUAGACGAUAUCAUAGUUUUAUGUAUAUUUAUUAUUCAUGUCAUCUCUGUGUAUCAGACAAUUUCUUCAAGACGAGAACUGAAUAGUCGAUAAAAAUCCUCUAUGUAAAUCUUUCUCCUAUGUAUAUUAUACAAUAGAUCACGUCUAAUUCUGCGUCUACAUUUUGUGACUAUCCAUGACUACGAAUUUUUGCACGAACUGAAAAUAAUAUGUACAUAUAUUUCAUUUACUGUAAACAAAUAUUCUUCUACUC